GGGUAGAAAUGUCUUUUCGUAAGCAGGAAGAGCAUCCAGGUCCAGCCAUCAAAUUUAAAAACGUCACAACACCGAUAAACAAACGAUAUUUCUGGGCAUAGAUCCCUUGCCUGUUUAUUUCUGUUACAUUUUUGUUUUCUUGGCAGCAAGCAGUUGUACGCUGUUACACUGCUCACACAGCUAAAGCCUAAAGAGAGCACUUGGUACUCUGCUUCGCUGUAUAAACUUGGCGUCUCGAAACGGCACUUAACACUCCACAUAGACUCUGUGAUCGAAUGCGACCCCGUCUCUUUGCUCUUUCUGUCCCUUAAUCAUCUCCUCUACUAUUCAUUCUUCUCUGAUUCUUGAUUUUUUCAUCGACAUUUCUUUCUUCUCCUUCUUUUGAAUCUUUGUCUGUGAAGCGAGAUAUGAUGGGGUCAGCUUCGUUCUCGUCUCCGCUCUGCACGUGGCUGUUGGCAACGUGCAUGUCGGUCACGUGCGCUAAGGAAAACUGGACCAGCACCAUCGCUUUUCAUUCAUCGCCACCGGGUAAUAGACUCAGCCGCUGUGCUCGCAGACGAAGAGCUCUUCUCUCCAAAUAUAAUAGUGGCAGCUCUGCUGUUGCUGGUAACUGCUCUGAAUUUCUGUCCAAAGGUUUGUCCUCUUCCUUCUGUGGAUCGAGCUUUCAAGGAUUGAUGACUUCUUGCUUGGCUUUUGAGCCCUGUAGUCACUACCACAACUCCAAUGGCCUUUUUGGAUCCAGAAAUCUCAAUCGCAAGCAGAGAAGACUCAAUCGGUUUCCUCAUUCCGGGGAAGUCAAGGCGGUAGCUGUGCAACCUGAAAAGGAAGUUGCAACAAAGAAGAAACCUGUUAAAAAGCAAAGGCGAGUGGUUGUGACAGGUAUGGGUGUUGUGACACCUCUUGGUCAUGAUCUUGAUGUCUUCUACAACAAUCUGCUUGAAGGAGUUAGUGGCAUAACUCAGAUAGAGGCUUUUGACUGUGACCAAUUUCCAACGAGGAUAGCUGGAGAGAUCAAGUCUUUCUCAACUGAUGGAUGGGUUGCACCUAAACUGUCCAAGAGAAUGGAUAAAUUCAUGCUUUACAUGCUUACUGCUGGAAAAAAAGCCUUGGCUGAUGGCGGCAUCACUGAAGAUAUAAUGGAUGAGUUGGAUAAAGCUAAAUGUGGAGUUGUGAUUGGCUCUGCAAUGGGUGGCAUGAAGGUUUUCAACGAUGCAAUUGAAGCACUAAGGAUCUCCUACAAGAAGAUGAAUCCUUUCUGUGUGCCUUUUGCAACUACAAAUAUGGGUUCUGCAAUGCUUGCAAUGGACCUGGGUUGGAUGGGGCCAAACUAUUCAAUUUCCACUGCUUGUGCUACCAGCAAUUUUUGUAUAUUGAAUGCAGCAAACCACAUCAUUAGAGGCGAAGCUAAUAUCAUGCUUUGUGGUGGCUCAGAUGCAGCAAUCAUACCUAUUGGCUUGGGAGGUUUUGUGGCAUGCAGAGCACUUUCACAGAGGAACGAUGAUCCUAUGAAAGCUUCACGACCUUGGGAUAUGAAUCGGGAUGGAUUUGUGAUGGGGGAAGGAGCUGGUGUUCUACUUUUAGAAGAACUAGAACAUGCGAAGAAAAGAGGUGCAAAUAUCUACGCAGAAUUUCUUGGAGGAAGUUUUACCUGUGAUGCCUAUCACAUGACUGAACCACAUCCUGAUGGAGUUGGUGUCACUCUCUGUAUAGAAAAAGCAUUAGUCCAAUCUGGGGUAUCUAAGGAGGAUGUAAAUUACGUAAAUGCACAUGCUACAUCCACCCCAGCUGGUGACCUUAAAGAGUAUGAAGCUCUCAUGCGAUGUUUUGGCCAAAAUACUGAUUUGAGAGUGAACUCCACGAAGUCCAUGAUAGGCCAUCUACUGGGAGCAGCUGGUGCUGUGGAAGCUAUUGCAGCGAUACAGGCAAUACGGACAGGAUGGAUUCAUCCAAACAUCAAUCUGGAAAUUCCGGAUGAAGGCGUGGACACAAGUGUUCUGGUUGGCUCAAAGAAAGAGAGAUUGGAUGUUAAGGUUGCAUUGUCUAACUCAUUUGGGUUCGGCGGCCACAACUCAUCAAUACUUUUUGCACCAUACAAGUGAUACAAGGCUACCUCAACCAUGAUGUAUUAAUGCAAAAGGUGUGUAGAUCUGUAAUUUAUCAGUCUAUUGAUUUUGUUAUGGUAAUUGGCUACAAGAGAAGGACUAGGCCGAAGUUUACUAAAUGAAUGAAUUUGUGUUUUAACUG